AUGCGAGGCGGGACCCCCAUCGCAGGAGGGGGAGACACACCCCAGGAGGCCGGGACUGACAGCCAGCCCCUCUCCCCCCGCUGGCUAUUAGGACACCCAUCGCAGGGGGACCCACAUCGCAGGGGGGGAGGCACCCCCCGCGAGUUGGGGACUGAGAGCCAGCCCCUCUUCCCCGCCAAGGCUCUUCGGACCCCCAUCGCAGAGGGGGGAGGCACCUCCUGCGAGGCGGGGACUCAGAGCCAGCCCCUCUUCCCCCCCCAGGCUCUUGGGACCCCGAUCGCAGGGGGGGAGGCACCCCCCGCGAGGCGGGGACUGAGAGCCAGCCCCUCUUCCCCCCCCUGGCUCUUAGGUCCCCCAUCCCGGGAGGGGACCCCCAUCGCAGGAGGGGGAGACACACCCCAGGAGGCCGGGACUGAGAACCAGCCCCUCUCCCCCCGCUGGCUAUUAAGACACCCAUCGCAGCGGCAAGCCCCUUUUCCCCCCCUGGCUCUUAGGACACCCAACGCAGGGGGGGAGGCACCCCCUGCGAGGCAGGAACUGAGAGCCAGACCCACUUCCCCCCGGCUCUUGGGAUCCCCAUCGCAGCGGGGGGAGGCACCCCACACGAGGCGGGGACUGAGAGCCAGCCCCACUUCCCCCCUGGCUCUUGGGACCACCAUCGCAGUGGGGGGAGGUACACCCCGCGAGGCGGGGACGGAGAGUCAGCCCCUCUUCACCCAGUGGCCCUUGGGACCCCCAUCGCAAGGGGAGGAGGCACCCUUCGCGAGGCGGGGACUGAGAGACAGCCCCUCUUCCCCCCUGGCUCUAGGGACCCCCAUCGUAGGGGGUGGAGGCACCCCACGCGAUGCGGGGACUCAGAGCCAGCCCCUCUCCCCCCACCGGCUCUUCGGACUCCCAUCGCAGUGGGGGGAGGCACCACAUGCGAGGCGGGGACUGAGAGCCAGCCCCUCUUCCUCCGCUGGCUUAGGACCCCCAUCGCGGAUCCUAAGACCCUUAGGACCCACCUGGAGGACUGUGGGUAUUAGGUGCCCAAGAAGAAAGCUCAGAUCUGCCGACGUUACUUGGGAUUUACUAUCCGACAGGGGUCCGAACACAGCUCGGGAUCAGAAAGAAAGCAGGGGUCCGAAUGCAGCCCGGGAUCACAAAGAAAGCAGGUCGUUUGCAAUCUACCAGAGCCUAAGGGCAGAAGGCAGGAUCGUGGGAACAAUAUCCCAGGGGGGUGUACCCUUUCUGCCAUAUAUGUAGUCACAUCACCCACUCUGCCUUGGAAUAUUAUUAAGGACCACCUAACACGAGGGUGUAUACGUCCUGUGAUAUUACGAGUAAUAUCA